AUGGCUGGAUUUCCAGGUGGAAAUCCACCUGGAUAUUUUCAGGCCAUUUUCUGGUCGGAUUCCACUAUUGUUCUUCAUUGGCUGAAAAAGGCCCCUCAUCUCCUUCGAACUUUUGAAUCAAAUCGAGUCGCCGACAUUCAAUCGCUAGGAGAUCAAGUUAGAUGGAAACACGUCCGAUCUGAAGACAAUCCAGCUGAUGCUCUAUCUCGAGGACAACUCCCAUCCGACUUCGUUCAAAAUUCUCUUUGGAACAACGGCCCUAAAUGGUUAACGUUUGACGAGUCUGAGUGGCCUCAGUCGGUUGAACCAUCUCCUGCUGAGGUACCUGGACUUAAAAAGAGCCUUUGUUUUAUCACUCACAUCUCUGCUGAGGACAUCUAUUCUCGUUUUUCUGAUUUUGAUCGCUUCGUAAGGGUUACUGCGUAUAUUUUGCGCUGGAAAAAUUCAGUGUCCCAAGAGAAAACAGCAAAAUCAGUACGUCCACUGUCUUGUGCAGAACUUGCCGAGGCAGAAAUUCGAAUCUUUCUAAUGAUUCAACGUGAUAGUUUCCCUCAAGAAUUUCGCCGGUUGUCUCCAACUUCUGACAAACCAAAAACCAACACAAAACCUUUUCGACAGGGGACUCGCUUUGAUGAUCUACAUCCGUUUAUCUCUGAUAGGGGACUUCUACGUGUCGGCGGGCGCUUGAAGAAAUCGGAGCUUCCAUACAACCAAAAACACCCGAUCUUGCUUCCUAGCAAACAUCCUAUCAACGAUACGAUCAUCCGUCGAACACAUCAUGCCAAUUUACAUGCUGGCAUUCAAACUACCCUUUACGCUAUUCGUGAAAGAUUCUGGAUCUUGAAUGGAAAGGACCAAGUUAGGAAAAUCAUCCAUCAAUGCAUUGACUGUAUUCGUGAUCGUCCUAAAAUCCUUCAUACUCAAAUGGCCGAUUUACCUGAAGUUCGAGUCAACGAAUCACCAGCUUUUUGUCAUACAGGGGUCGAUUUCUUCGGUCCUAUCUUGAUCAAAGAGAAAAAAGGUCGAAACCGGUUUUUCCAGAAAACAUAUGGUUGUGUGUUCAUCUGCCUUGUAUCCAAAGCGGUACACAUCGAACUAGCUACGGAUCUCUUUUCCGAAGGUUUUUUAGCUGCUUCUCGUAGGUUCGUUGGUCGAAGAGGUGUUCCAGAACAGGUCUAUUCCGAUAAUGGCACAAAUUUCGUCGGCGCGAACAACGAACUCCGUGAAAUCUACGACAUGUUUUAUACCUCCGAGUUCAGAGAAGCGAUAGGAAAUUAUGCUCUAUCUAAGAGAAUCGUGUGGCAUUUUAACCCACCGUUAUCUCCCCACUUUAGCGGGAUUUGGGAAGCUGCUGUAAAGAGUUUUAAACAUCACUUGAAACGCAUUUUAAAGGAUCACAAGCUCACAUAUGAGCAAGUUAACACCUUAUUAAUCGAAAUUGAAGCGAUUUUGAACUCGCGACCUUUAUGCCCUCUUUCAGCAGAUCCUAAUGACCCUUUAACGAUAACACCAGCACAUUUAUUGAUAGGCCGCCCGUUCAAUGCCUUACCCGAGAAAUCUUUGCUUUCAGUGCCAGACAAUCGACUCUCCACUUACAACUUUAUCUCCAAGGCCAAACAGGACUUUUGGAAAAAGUGGCACAAGGAGUAUCUUCACGAACUCCAGAGUCGCCAAAAAUGA